AUGCCAAUACUUUGGAAAUGUGUUUUAUUAGCCACUGAUUAUUAAGGUCAGAUUGUAUUAGUAUUUUGCAACGGAGAGAUAUUUACUUUUUCUUUGGUGAAAGAGAAAGACUGGCAAUGGACCUCAUCAUUGAAAGUGAUUCCCUAAACUUCAAUUACGUAAUAAGAAGACUACUUCUUAUAAUUAAAUGGGAACGGUCGUAAGUUCUUCUUUUCUCAAGUUGAUCAGAGAUAUGAGAUGAAAAUACAGAUUUGGCAGAGAGGACACAAGUGCAAUUGGACCUUUCAAUAGAGUCUUAAACUGUAUUCGCGUAGCAAGUUUCUGUCGAUAAAUUUAAGCGGAAGCAUGCUCAUGGUCGACCAUAUCAGGAACAUACUAAUAUGGGAUUACAAUCAUACUUAGCGCAAACUCGCUCGAGUGUAAUGCGUGCCUUUGGAAUCCACCAUAGCUUCUUUUCAUGAGAAUGAAAGUGUGAUUGCUGCAAAGUCCAAAUAACAUGUAGUGUUCAUAAAGAAAAUCAACCAUAUGUGGGUUAAGUAUCAGAGCAUAAAGGCGGAAUAGGAAUUCUUUAUGCAAUUCUUCAAGAAUAGAUUAAUAAUAAUGACGAUUUAUGAUCUAUUUAUGUACAAGAUGGAUGAUUCAUUGCAUUUCCAAUUGGAGAAGCAGAUAAUAUCAGGGAUUUUCACUAAAGAGCCUCAAUAAUGUUUGUUUAUGGGACCUAUUGUUAUGAUUUAAAUGCCUAGUUUGGAAAUAGAGUGCUACAAAUACGAAAAUAAUGCUUGGGUGAAGGAUAAGAAUUAUUUCAAUUCGAAUUUCUAGGCACAUCGAAUAAUGUAUUCAAAAGACUAUAAAAAGUUAUUUAUUUAUCGUAAGAGAUAUGGUGGAAUAGUUUUUGAGAAGAAAAAUGAAAUCAAAGAGAAAACUAAAUAAUGA